GGCUGUGUGUUCAAUCUUCGAAAGGUAGAUAAAUAUUCAAGAAAUCGGCAUAAAUUGAAGUUUUCUAUGAAAUCGUUGACUUUUUCGUGCUUGAUAUGUGCUCUAAACCUAUAUUUUGCUCAAAAGUUGUUCAGAAAGGCAAAACUUUCUCGAAGUUGCUAGAAACGCAAAAAGUUGCUGCAAACGCCUAAAGUUGCUCAAAAGUUGCCGAGGCAAUCUGGACAGGCUUAGCCGUAAUUGGAUUAUCAUAGAACGGUAUACUUUUCUUUUACUCAUCUACAAACCUACCUCGCAGGCUAUCUACCUGCCUGCGUGACUCACUGUCAACCAGCCAGCCAGCCAGCCAGCCAGCCAGCCAGCCAGCCAUGCAUGCAGGCCAGCCAGCCAGCCAGUUAUCCAGCCAGCAACUCACCAGCCAGCAAGCUAGCCAGCCUGUACAGUCAGUCUGCCUGUGUUUCCCGCUUACUUGUUUGUUUUCUUACCCACCUCCCAGUUUGCUUUCUUGCUAACCUACUGAUUUUAAAAAUAUUUUCUUGCUUCCUUACUUAUCCUAGAUAUUUCAUUAUCAGUAUAGGCCAUAUGGUAUGUGCAACACCAACUGAGUGCAUUUAUCUAUUCUUUCCCCACGACAAAAAAUCAACUAAAUAGUAUAGUUCUGGAGUGAUUUUGGUCUAAACCUGCUCCAUGCGUUUAAUAAGGUCUGUUUUAUGCACUCCGGUCAGGAAUUAGGAAGACUCUUUUUGAAGAAACACGAGAAAAAAUGUCAAAGGAGCGCCCCACAUCCGCCCCAUGCCCCACCUAGCCAACCUCCGCGGGCUCCGGUCUCUCCGGUCUCUCCGAGCUUGGUUACAAAGUUUCUCGUAAUGGCGGCGGAAUGAUUUGAAAGUUUACUGUGUUUUCUUUUUGGAGACAUGACCCUCUAGUUUUUAGUGCUAUUGGAAAUGAAAAUGUGGUUUCAGACGUUAAAAGCAAGACACUCUGUGCGUGCUUUUACAACGGAAAACAGCCAAGGGCUUGUGGCUGGCCUUGAAUACACGGACAGGAAAACAGAAAUUCACGCUCUGAAGAGGGAGAUCCCACCUUUAUCACUGGAGGAGGGAGUAAGCACUGCAUUUGUAACACAUGAAAAUGGAGGGAUGUCCUUACUGGGGAUAUCUCAAUCUGGGAAAGGAAAGUGUUGUUUGGAAAUCAGGGCUUGGGAUGUCAUGAGCUCACUUGGUUUUACUGCAAAGGAGAUAACAGCUCAAGAUGUUCAGAGGAAUACAGUUAAUGAUGGCAAGUUUAAAGCUGUUGUCAAUCUUCCAGAGGCUCUAGGAACACACUUCUCUUUAAAGACUGCAUUUGUAAGGGAAUUUGUAUCGGUAGCUAUCUCAUCAGGAUUGAUUAUUUUAUGGAAAUGUAGAAAGGUAGAAAAUCUAACAAUCACCCUUGAAUUAGUUUCUGUGAUGAAGUCAUCUAUGACCAUUCAAGACAUUGCAUUUGUGCUGGAUGAAAACACUUCAAAGAAAGGGAUGCACUCUUCAAGAUACUCCUCAAGACUGGAUGUCCAUUGAGACUCCUGAAAAUCAUCAGGUCUUUCCAUGAAGACAUGAAGGGCACUAUGGUGGUUGACGGUUCAACAUCAGAUGCCUUUGACACCCAAAGUGGAGUGAAACAGGGCUGUGUCCUAGCGCCCACCCUGUUUGGUAUCUUCUCUGCUGUUUUGCAGAAACGUGCCUCUGGAUCUGCCACAGCAGGUUUCUACCUCUGGGCUGGCCAGGUCAAAUGGAAAGCUCUUCAACUUCUUCAGACUAAGAGCGAGGUCUAAAGGCCAGCUGAAAUGCCUGCAUGACUUUCUAUUUGCUGAGUGCGCAGCAGUUACUGCCCACUCUGCUAAAGAUCUUCAGCCCCAAGAUGAACCACUUCA